UCAGAGGGGAACUGCAAACGACUGCAAGGCUGGUGUUGGUGGGUUAACGAGUGAAGCCGAAAUGGAAAUUUUAACUCGGCGGGUGUGAUACCGCAGAACAAAGUCACAAGCACGUCACACGAAGUCAAUAUAGCAGAUCUACAGACACUUAACAGAUUCCCCGAAUCAUCUAUUGCUACCACAUGUGUAUAUACGGAAGAGCUAAAAAAGAGCUAGCAUACAUAAAAACUGAAAUAAAAGUCCCGUCAAAAUGUGAAUUCUAAAACCAAUCAACCAAAAGUGUAAACCUGGGACCAUUUAGCUUUAAACCAUUGACUGGUUUAAGGUUUUAAUAAAUACGAAUAUAUGCAGCCUUUAUAUAUAUAUAUAACAUAUAUAUAUAAAGUUUUGGAAAUGGGACAUUUGUCGUCGCUAGAAACAAAUGUGUUGGGUUUUCGGUUAAACACGAACUAAGAACACAAGAACUGAAGGUUGGUUCUGUUUAGGACGAGAAGCGCUUGACAGUUGCUGUGGGAGGAGUGUGACAGGUCAGUUGUUGGUUUCUUGUCACAUGAUUGUUGAUCGUAACAAAACCACGCGCGAGGAACUAUUAGACAGUUUUACUUCUCCUGGUUGGUGGUCUAUUGUUGUCGUUUCGAAAUGGAAAAGCAGCCGAUUUUGAGUCAGAACCGGCCCUACGGAUUAAAUAACCCUGGUUACGCCUCAGCAGCACAGGGUCAACCAGCGAUGUUUGCAGCGUCCUCUGGUCCCAGUGCUCCUCCAGCCAGCAUGUUCGACAGCAUGCCUGGGUAUGAAGGGACCAUAGCAGGAGGAGGUGGCUUUCUACCCCCUCCAGUGCCUGCUUAUCCAGUUCCUCAGCCUACACCUGGACCAGAGCAACCACACUGGAACAUCCCAUCUAUAACUGAAGAAAUUGCCAGGUCAGCUUUUAACCAGUUUGCCUCCAGCAAGUGCUGCUACAGCUCAGGACCAGCCAAAGAUGGUGUGAUUACCAACAUGGAGGCCUUCAAUACAUACAGGUAUCGCCUGGAAACCUUUACCGAGAGCAGAUCCACAGAGUGGACUCAGGAGCCAUACAGAUCCCAGCCAGUGGAUGCUGGUACCCAACCACCCCCAGGGCCUUGGGAUAUUCCUGCUAAAACACCCAGUUUUUUUGUGGACAGCACACAGAUCAUCAGGGUUCCCUACACGUCAUCCGUCAAGCCAUGCCACGAGUGUUUGGGAAUGGCACGAAGGCCUUGCACCAGCUGCAGUGGUGCUGGAAGCAAGGUGUGCUGGGUGUGCAACGGGUCUGGUUUCCGCUUUAAUGAUCGAUGUUCCCACUGCCAUGGAAGAGGAAGGGACAACUGUAUCCACUGCCACGGACAAGGAACGACGGAAUGUCACACAUGCAGUGGAAGAGGACAACUCCUGGUUUACAUCAACCUCACAGUAAAAUGGACAAACAACUGUGAUGAUUAUGUGGUAGAACAGUCAAGUGGGCUGCAGGUGACCAAACUCAGCAAGGUGUCUGGAAAGGAGCUCUACAGAGACUCUCAGUACAUGGUAUACCCGGUGAUAGGAUUCCCAAACCCUGAGGUGAUGCAAGCUGCACAGCGGCUGGUGAAUGAUCAUCAGGUCAAGUUCUGCCAGACUUCACGUAUUCUGCAGCAGCGUCAAACGAUAGAGCUGAUCCCCAUUACCAGGAUCACCUACACAUGGAAGGGGAGCUCACACAUCUACUAUGUUUAUGGAAACGAGUACGAGGUUAAUGCAGAUGACUACCCUGCUACCUGUUGCUGUACUGUGAUGUAACAGCAGUGGCUGCAUGAGAAGCUUAUUCCUUUUUUAAGCCUUUAGAAAGGUGACAUUAAGAGACUACUAGAAAUUAAUGUAAAGCCUGAUGUGGGACACACGUAUGUCUAGCUUUACUUUAAAUCAGUAGAACUUGGUUAAUGUGAGACAUUUCCUUGGAAUUAAUUGUAAAACUGACAUAAAGGCAUUUGCUACAAUCAGUGUAUAUCUAACAUUUACCUGUGAUUGUUACUAAUGUUUUUUUUUACAUCUGCUCUUUGUAAACACAUGAGAGAAGCAAACUUCUCUCUAACAUGCUAUUGUGAUACACUUAUUAUUUUCUAUUUUGUAUUUAAUUUUCUUAUAAAACAGCACUGAUCACUGUAAAACCUGAUAUUAAAACUGGGUAUGAAGUAA